AUGGAUGAUAAUUUUAAGAAAUUGAUUGAAUCUACCUAACCAGAAUCUGUAUCCACAAUCAGACUGUGUAGAAGAUUAGGAUAUCGUCCAGAGGAUCUCACAUAUAGAUCCAUAGAGGAAUUUUAAUCAGUCAAUAAUGAGUUGAGAUAAGUAAAGUAUGAGCAUUACAAAGCUAGAGUGCUUAAAAUAGUAAAUGAAAUAAACAAUGUGAGAAGUAGGAACAAAACUACUGGUUUAUCUGAGUUACCUACUUAAACCAAUGUUCAAUUUUCUUCGAUUGUUGAUACUGUAGAGGAACAUUCCCAAAACGUAUCAGCUCAGGAGAGAGUGCUUUAGAAUCUCAUUUAUUAAGAGCUUCUAAGACAAAAAAAGUUUGCUUAAUAUUAUCAAUAAAAGAAUAAAAUUUUAGAACGUAAAUCCAAAUUACCAACCCAACCUUCUUAACCAAUUACAAUCCAAUCAAAGCCUUCUGUCUAGUUGUUGAAAACAGAAUAGUCACUCAAAAGAUGCGAAACGCAACGUGAAUAUGAGAACAAGGAGAAGUUCUUUAUAACUUCGACUGAAAAGUUUCUUGUCAAAAGAUAGCAAAUUCUGCAAUAGGAGGAGAAAUAAUAGGAAGAACAGUUCCAAAAAUUAAAAGACAAGGAAAAGAAAGCAACAGAAAGAAUUCAAUAAUUCAAGACCGAAGUGAAACUGCAUUUUUAAAAGUCCAAUCUUGAAGAAGUGAAAAACAAGAAAGAACAACUCGAUAACGAACUAUAUCAAAUGUUGAUUACUAAGCAAUGUGAAAAAUUGCAAAAAUUGAGACUAAAAUAGAGCCAACUUAGCAAACCAUUCAAAUAGAAAAUUUCAAUUAGAAAUAAAACAUAAUCAUUGGUCUUUGAUUCCGACUUGCAGUAAAAGAUCGAGGAUAAGAUCGAGAAGGUAGUGAAUUUGAAGUCUCAAUUACUAUCCGAACGAUCAAAAAUCAUAGGCGAAAGACUGAAAAUCAAUUAGGAUGAUGUGAAUUUCAAUAAGUACCACCAUGAGCAAUUGAGGAUGAAGGAGGAAAUUAAAAGGAUUGGGAAGAUACAGAAGAAUCAGAAGCAGCAUUCUUGUUAGAUUGACCUGAAGCCUCAGUUGUUGGAGAAGCAGAAAAAAGAAUCAGUAUGGGAAUAAGUGAACCGUGUUAGUCAUUUAUUUUCUAGUCCAGUAGAAUAUGACGGAUAUAGGACUUAGAUGAAAUUAUUAUCCAACAAACAACGAGAGACGCUUGAUCCAAAAUAUCAGAAUCGCGUAGAUAUAUUAUAUAAAUUGUUACCCUCUUAAAUGGCAGAAAAAGUGUUAUAAUGA